AUGAUGUGGUGGAAUGUGGGAUCAGACAUCGCCCAUGUCUUCUGCACCCAAGGCGCGGCCACCGUGAUCAAGGGCUACUCCCCUGAGCUCAUAGUGCACCCCUACCUGCCAGCUGGCGAGGAUAGGGACGAUACUGAGAAGGCAAGGGAGGGGCCAGGGCUUCUGAGCAAGGAGGCCGAGGACGAAGUGGUGGAGAGGGCGAUCCGGGCCAUCACCCCCUGGCUGCCCAAGUUUGAUGCGGUGGUGGUGGGCCCUGGCCUGGGCCGAGAUGACCUCGUCCUGCGCACCGCCUCCAGAGUGCUCCAGGAGGUGGUCGAGCGCGGCAUCCCGCUCGUCGUCGAUGCAGACGGUCUCUGGAUGGUGAAUUCGGCCCCCGCCCUGGUCAAAGGAAAGCACGGCGCCAUCGUCCUCACACCCAAUGUGGUGGAGUUGGGCAGGCUGGCGGAGGCCCUAGGCGUUGAGGCCAAGGGCGCUGACGCUGCACGACGGCUCGCUCGGGCCCUGGAUGGGCCGGCGGUGCUGCAGAAGGGGCGGGUCGACGUGGCGGCUGAUGCGCACGGCCAGCUGGAGUGCGAGGAGCCGGGCUCGCUGCGCAGGGGUGAUGUGCUAUCGGGCUGCCUGGCAGCAUUCAUGGCAUGGAUGCAGCGUGGACAGGAGUCAUGGGCUGGUGAUGGGACGCGACAGGGGCCGCCUGCCGCCCUGCUGGCCUGCUAUGGAUCAUCCCUGAUUGUCAGGAAGGCCGCACACAGGGCGUAUGCAUGCAAGGGACGAGCGAUGGGGGCCCCAGACCUCAUUGACCAGCUGGGCCCAGUCGUGGAUGACCUUGUUGGCGAUCAUUAG